AUGGGUAUGAAGUCCACUCUGCUUGUUGCGCUUUCGAUAAUUUAUCUGACCAAUGUUGUUUCAGCAGGUAUGCCUCUAAGUGACGGAAAGGGAUGGGUUGUAGUGGAAGGUGCUCAAGAUCUGCCGAGUUCGAGUGAACGGCCAGCGGUAUCUGAACUUCAGUGA